GGACGGACGGACGGACGGACGGGCGCGGAAGGGGCCCGGCCGGGGCUCGGCGGCCCCGCAGCGCAGGUGGAAACAAUGGAGGAUGACUUUGAGGCUUCGUGCACACCCCUAUUUCUCACUGAGAGCUUGGAGAUGGCAAUGGAAGUGGAGAAGGAGAAGCCACCUUGUUUUUCUUGUGCUUUUGACAACCAAAAUGGAGGGAAAAGCUUCUCUACAGAGUCUUAUUUAGCAAAUGGGUCUCUUAAGAGGGUUUUGCUGAGACUAGAUCCUUCUCCAAAUAACUAUGAAGAUGAUGUAGUGGAAAUUUUUGGCUUUCAAUGGGUUACUGAAAUGGCAUUAGUUGAAUCCUGUGAAUUUCUCUUUGGAUUACUUAGGCAACAGAUAUGCAGACUGGAAAACCUAGUACAAAUGAGUUCAUCUGAUUUUGGUCAGGCUGCAAACUUGCAUUCUGAAGCAGAGAGCAUCAGGCAUCAGUGUAUUGAGUUUUUGCAUUAUGUGAAAGUUUUCAUCUUCAGGUAUCUGGAACCCCCUAAAGUGGAAAACGAUGGAAUGCUGCAUCCAUAUGAAGAGCUAGAAGCGCAGUUACCGUCAGUAUUGGUGGAAGAGCUUCAUGCUUUGACUAUGCACAUUGGUCACCUUUGUGAACUCCCUAGUAAUGUCCUGGCAGCGUUUACUAUUCAACAUCAGGCAAAGGUCUUUCCCCCAUCAUGGCAUUUACUGCAUCUCCACUUGGAUAUUAAUUGGCUAAUACUGGAAAUUCUUCAUGUACUAGGUGAAAAAAUGAUGAGACAAGCUGUGUAUGCUAACCGUUUCAUAAAUCUAACCGGAGAGAAUUUAACCAGUAUCAGUUUAUUUGAAAAACAUUGUGGAAAUCUCGUAUCUGAUUUAAUAAGCUUGUCCAUCAACAAGUAUACAAAGGUGCGACCUUCUGAGGCUCUUACUAGUCACCAUUAUCCCUGUACCUGCAUUAAAGAACUAUGGAUUCUACUUAUUCAGCUGCUGGACCACAGAAAUAAAGGAUCUCAUACAGAGUGUUUCUGGAGCUUGGUGAACCAAACUCUAAAGAAUAUCUUUGAAAGGCCAAGUAGUUCAGAAAGGAUGUCCAAUUUUGAAGCAGUUCAAUGUAAAGACCCAUUGAGUUUUAGCUGGUGGAUUGUUAGUCAUCUGGCAUCACUCUACCAGUUUGACCGUAAUGGAAAUCUAGAUGAAAAG